AUGAGAACAUCACUGGCUCUCCUGGCUCUGGCAGCCACAGCCUUCGCCAUUCCCCAAGCGGUCACAGAAGAUAUUGCACCCAAGGGCAAGGCUCCCAAGGGCUGCACCACUUCAUAUGAUGGUCAAUUUGAAGUCACAAUCUUCAAGCCUGGCAAUGAGAAGCGCGAUGUCACCGAGCGAUCAUGCAAUGGUGAAGGCGUUCUAGUCUUGAACCUCAACGAUGGCGUUCUCAAGGAUGCUCAAGGACGAACUGGUUACAUAUCGGAAAGCUACCAGUUCCAAUUCGACAAGCCCGUUCAAGCUGGCGCAAUCUACACAUCCGGUUUCUCAGUCUGUUCCAACGGGACCCUCGCCUUCGGAUCCUCCGCAAUCUUCUGGCAAUGCCAAUCCGGCGACUUCUACAACCUCUACGACCGCAACUGGGCUGAGCAGUGUGAGCCUGUUGAGUUUGGCGUCAUGCCCUGUGGCAAGAGUAAGAAUGCCAAGUCCGCCCCCAAGAAGAGAAUCGUGGGAAGCAGUGUUGUCGCAACUACUGUUGUAACUGUCGUUUCUGAUGGCACGACAAAGGAGGUUCCUACUACUAUUGCUGUACCCAUGUGUCAGAUUGGCGAUGGACAGGUUCAGGUCCGCACGACGCCUUGCGAUGAUAUGGAGAUCCCUAUCAUUACUGCCGCCCCUGUCAGCCAAGUCUCGGAUGGCAAGCUUCAGGUUCCUACUACAGCUCCUCCCGCGCCUCCCGCAAUUCAGAAGCCUGCUAAGCCUGCGGAGGACACACCUGCUGAGGGGACUGGUGGCGAUGCUGGGGACAAGCCCAAGCCUGCUGAAGAGUCGAAGCCCGGUGCUUCUCCUGCUGGGAACGCUGCGCCCGACAACACAGGUGCGGCUGAGGCUGACAAGCCCGCUGGAGACGAGCCUUCUGCUACAGGCGCCCGACGCAAGUCAAAGGCUACCAAGACCGAUGGGGAAGUGCUGGUCACUGACUCUGGGGUACCCUCCGACACUGAGACCGAGGAGGCUGGUUCUUCUCGAAGCACACGCGCUGUCAAGCCCUUCAAGCCUCAGACGACCGAGAGUGAUGACUCUGAGGAGACUGGAAGCAGCUCCAGCACCGGCUCAGAUGACGCUGCGUCUACCGGUGCGGCUCAGUCUGAUGCUCUCAAGAUUGCCGCAAGCUUGGGCAUGGUUAUUUUAUCGGGCUUGUUUGGAUCUCUGUUGAUCCUGUAA